AUGUUUGCUGCGGUGUGUCUGGGGCGGCCGAUGCAGGUGGCGGAGCAGCUAGACCUGAACCAAUGGGGGAUCAAGAUCCCGCUGGCGCUGAACGUCGGCCACAUCCUGGUGUUCAUGCUUCCUAACUCCGAGUUUGUCGACGCCAACUACACGGCUUUGGUGUACUUUCAAGUGAAAAACGGCGAGUUUCGGCUUUUAGGGGGUAUCAACCCGAAUAAGCCGCUGGCGAUCUAUAAGCUCAAAACGGGAGAUGUUACUAAUAAUAGUGGCAUGGCUGACGACGAUAUGAUGGGCGAUGACGUCAAUAUUGGCUUCCAGAUUGAAACUACCGCGAAUGCCGAGGCUCAAUUGGCCCAACUAGCGGCAAAUAAGCCGGCCACUACUACUACCACUGCAAACAGCAUGGUAGUUGCUGCUCCAGUCCGCCUGACGACACAAGCGUCAAAUAACGAUAUUGCUGAGUUGGCUAAGCGAGUGGUGGGCAAUGCCUAUAACUAUUUGGGGAGUUUUAUCGAUGCCCAGGGGAAAGUGCCGAUGAAAGCGUUUGACCAAUGGUGGGAUAAGUUCUUGACGAAACUACAAAAUAAUCCAAACUUUCUCGAUCAACCCCAGGAAUAA